AUGGCGCAAUAUGACAAAACAGAAAUAUUUCGGCUUGAUUUUGGAGAAACCAGUAGACCAUUAACUGCGAAUCCCUAUGCUCUUCGAAUGAGUGGACAAAAAGUUCAAAAUCCUUUGAAUACUGAUUUACUAAAUGCACUUCCUAUUUUGAAGAAUUCUAAAGAUCAUCGCCCUAAAACUGCACGAAAACGCGAAACGCCUCGUGGUGAUAUUCGUCGACAAGGAAAUCUUCCUCCAUUAAAGUUAGAUCCAUUACCAGUCAUUACGUCUGACGCAUGGAAGAGACCUAAUGAUCAAUUGCCACCAUUAUCUAUCGUAUCUUCCACAGAAUCAGAAAAAGUAAACACAGUUGAUCAAUUGCAGUCAAAAAUUGACGAAGCAAUUGAUAGUCAACCGUAUGUAUCAGGUACGAUUGAAUUACCAACGGAUACGAGCGAUGAUCUACUAACUGAAUUGAAGUCACAAAUGAAAGACAAAGAAAAUAUUGUUAGUGAGAUUGAGCAAUCCGUAAUUCUACUCUUUGGGGAAUCUGAUAUCAUUCGUAAGCUAAGAAAUAAGCUCGAACUCGUCAUCAGCAAAAGUAACCGUCCAGCGAUUGUCACAAGCUAUCCAGUUGUUGUCCAUCCUCCCCAGCCAUGCGAAACAUCAACGUUUGUGAUCACAAAUAUGUUUUCAGCAACUAUAUGUGACCAGUAUCAUCGCCUAAAGAAAAUAAUCGACCAACAUGGUUGCAUUUACGAAUCGACCGUUGAAUCGAAAAAUAUUUUCAUUCAAAUUUUAAAAGCAACGAGCCAAGAUACGACGCCACCUUCGGCGCACACUGUAAAUGAAUCAGACUCAUUGUUACAAUCACCAGAUGUUAGUUUGUGUGCAACAGUGUCAUUUGGUAGAUAUAUUGAUGUCCGUGUUGGGGAUUUAGCGACACAAAAAGUGAACUUUGUCGUUGUUUGUUCAACAUCGGGCAUUUUACGUGAUUCAAUUUUAAAGCAGGCUGGUAGUGUCGUUAAAGAAGAUUAUGAUAAGGCUUCUAAAACAAAUUACGAUUCGUUAAUCGAACUGAAUCCGGGCAACUUAAAUUGUGAAAAGUUGCUAUUUUUGCCAUGGAACAAACCAGUUCAUUCAUCAAAGCUUGCUGAAUCAUUGCGUACAUUUGUAUCGGUCAUUAUUCAGUACAUAGCUUUUCAAGCGAACACCAGAUCGAUCGAAAGCGUUGCUUUUCCUGCUAUUGGUUGUGGAAAGUUCGGCUGCCCUGUUGAUAUCGUAGCUAAAGAGAUGAUUUUUGAAGCAAAGAAGCAAUUGGAAAAGACAAAAUUAAAUCUUCGAAUAUCAUUUGUUAUGCUGAAAGAGCAACAAAAUGUAUUUCGUGAGUUUUCAAAUGCAAUAUCUAUCAUUCAACGAAAAGAAGAUGCCUUUGCACAAAUAUCGCAUAAGUUGUCAAGUAUUUCUAUCACGCUUAAAUCUUAUAGCAAGGGAAAUAUAAUCAAAUGUCAACAAGCUAUAGAGUUAUUUUUUAACAAUUUCAAAAUGGUAUCCGAUAUUAAUAUCGAAAAUAGUCUAAAAAUUUUAGAUCAAUCAACGAUAAAUGCCUUUUAUAAAUAUUGCAUGGAUAAUUGUAUUAUUCCUACUGUUGACAAUAAUAAUCUGAAAUUAUGCGGAGAGAAAAUGAAUAUAGUACAAGCUGAAAAUGAAUUACUUAAAUAUAGAUGUCAAUUACAACAUCAGAUAAUCUUACAUUCUAUUGCGUGCGAUGUUGCUUGGGCGUAUCGAACAGAAGAUGGAUGGGUAAAAUAUAGUUAUCGAUGUAAUCUAGAAAUCGAAAAUGCUUACAUUACAUUACAAAAGCAUUCAUUUACUGAAAUUAUCAAUGAACAAUCAGAAAUAUGCCGAAUUGAUUUCGAUACGAACAUUGAAGUGUUUGACAAACGUCAGCGUACGGUGAGUCGUCUCAAAUUGGAUCCACAAUUACCCCUUCAUUGGGAACCACAAGAAGAGAAUUGCUGGCGGUUUACCCUUGGUGUCAACAGUGAUGAAUACAAAAUAGUUAAAGCCAAAUUUGAUGAGACAAUGAUAAAUCACUACACAGAAAUAGUACGAACUGAACGCAUUCAGAAUCAACGUUGGUUUCGUCCGCACAAAGAGGAAUUCAAAGCAAAAUUGAAAAAGGAUACGGAAAUGCUUCUAUUUCAUGGUUGCUCAGAAGGAGUUGCAAAUAAAAUUGUUCACGAGUGUUUUAAUCGUACUUUUGCCGGUGCACACGGAGUUGCAUAUGGAAAAGGUGCUUAUUUUGCCACUUGUGCUCUUUACAGCCACGGCUUUGCCCCAACAAAUGGACAACUAGAACGUUCAAUGUUUUUGUUUUUAUCUCUUUUUGGUCAUGGUUCUUGCCUAAACUGGCAAGGCUGGUCAGCAAUGAAAUCAUUCAUUUAUUUUAUGAGGUCACGAGAAGAAUAA